ACCGUCAACAUGCCUCCUCGCACCGUCCUCAUCACCGGCGCAACGGGCAAACAAGACUCCGCCGUCAUCGACGCCCUCCUCUCCCAUCCCCUAUCCUCCUCAGACCCCUUCACCGUUCUAGCACGGAAGAGCGCGACUAGAACCAUGGGCUGGACGAUUCUGGGACCGGUGAUAUUCAUGGAUAACCCUCCUCCCGGGUUAGCGGGCAAGGUGUUUAUGACUUUGCUGAGGGAUACCCUCGGGCGAGAUAAGCCGUUGCAGUGGAUUGCCACAAGAGACAUCGGCUUCUUUGCUGCGGAGGCGUUCCAUAAUCCGGAGGAGUGGAAUAAAAAGGCGAGGGGGCUGGCGGGGGAUGAGUUGACUUUUGAGGAGAUGAACAGGGUCUUUGAGAGGGUGACUGGUAAGCCGGUGCCGACCACGUGGGGAUUGUUGGGAAAAGGAUUGAAGACGGAAUUGGGCUCGUUGGUAGAGUGGCUCGCCCUGGAGGUGUACAGAGCUGAUCUACGAAAGGUCAAGGAGGUGAAUCCAGGGAUGGUGGGCUUGGAGGAGUGGCUGAGAAAGAGCCCCUUUGUCAAAAGGAAGUAA